AUGCGACGACAUUAUCAUAACGUACCAGGGCUGCUGCCAAUACUAUCUCAUAGAACGACGCGAAUAGCUUGUUCUACCUUGAAAUAUGUGGCUUUGGGCGAGGAACGUCAGCAAGAAUUGACGGAAAUGGUGGCACGAGGAUUGGUCCCAGUAUUUUUCGGUGGAGAUGAUGGUAGGAUGGAUGGCACUGACAAUUUGCGCAACAUGUCUCUUUCCAAGAAUAAGACUAUUACAGCAGAAAAGGCCUUGAGGAGGGUGCUACGAGAAUACCAGAAAGAAGUCACACAGUGGAUGGAUAGCGGUAGUCCCAAUGCCGCUGAGGAAAGGCGUCAAACCCGAAAGUUUCUGUCUGAUCUUCUGCUCGGAACAUCCAUCAUGAGAAUACGGCAUUAUCAUACCCUGAUUGCAGUUCUUGACAAGCAAGAGAAUCUACGACAAGAUGACGAAGCUUCCAUAGUUCCUACCUAUGGACUCUCCCUUCGAGAUUUAGGUUCCAUCAAUGGGGUCGACAUCAGUACCUACAAGUACUCUCUGGUCAGAACUUCAAAAACACAUCCAAUAUCUUUGGUCGACGACGACGCCAAGAAGUUGGAUUUGUCACGAGUCAUGGCUCAUAUCCACCUACAAUACUUGCAAGAGCAAGGACAAGAUUCGUCUACGAUGGAAUUGAUCUUGUCAGACUUUUUGACUGUGGUGAAGGAUCCUGCACUUGGGAUCUCUGUGCGCUACAGUCUUCCUCUCUUCUUUGUAAAAUUAUUGAUUGAUCAAUAUGGACUGGAUCUGACAGAACAAAUGGCAAAAACGUUCAAUGCACCUGGGCCUAUUACGAUUCGUCGCAAUGCCAUUCGUUGUAGAUCUGACUCGGAACUACAAUCCCUCUUGUCCAAUCGCCACGGGAUUCGCAGCGCUCCCAUUGUGCCUGCUCAAUGGAAUUACCACCGCAACGGUACCGAUGCGUUGAAUAAUACAGCCUAUAUUCAACUUGUCACGGAUGAUUCUUGGUCACCUUCCAAAUCUUCCAUUUGGUCCCUAUCGUCCUGGAAGGACGGAUAUUUUGAAGUACAAGAUGCCGGUUCUCAAUUCAUUGUCCAGUCCAUAGAAUCGACUUUUGACAAUAAUGGAGAAUUUGUAGCAGUGGACUAUUGUGCCGGGAAUGGGGGAAAGGCUUUGGCACUGGCUUCUCAUAUCGUCAUGCAACAUCAACACGUAGAGAAUAAGAAUGGCGAGAGCUCUCUCACUGGCAGCCCUGUCACCGCUACCAUAAUUGCUCAUGAUAUUGUCUCCGAUAGGCUAAAGCAAUUGGAAGGCAGUCUAUCGCGGAUUGGGUUACAAGAGGCUGGUUCAACGGUGAAAAUUCUGACUACUACUAAUCUUACAGCUUGCGUCAACGGGCAAGGGUACCCAGAAAGCUUUGCAGAUGUGGUUUUGGUGGAUGCACCGUGUUCGUCGACAGGUGUACUUAGACGACGUCCAUCCCAAAGAUUUCAACUGAACGAAGAUGAAAUCAGGAACCGCUUUCCAGAAUUGCAACUUUCCAUUUUGCAAGAAGCUUCCAAACGAGUGAAAGUGGGAGGAACUCUGGUGUAUGCCACCUGUUCCAUCUGCUCUUCCGAAAAUGAACAAGUCGUUGAAAGCUUUGAGGACUCGUCGUCCAAUAAAGGAGACGGCAUGCUCUGGAAACCAUUGCUUUAUGCACCAAAUCAAAAUCAAGAAGAACAGGAACAAUCCAACCGGAAAGACUUUCGACACUGCUCUAAUCUACUACCUAUCCGUAUCGACAGCUCUGAUGGAUUCUUUGUGGCACGAUGGACGAGAGUUGAAUGA